AUGUAUGACUAUCUGGCCAAGGUCAUUCUUCUAGGGCCGAGCGGGGCGGGAAAGUCUUGCGUGUUACAUCGUUUUGUGAAGAGCGAAUGGCGAGUGCUGUCAUCUCAGACAAUCGGGGUUGAGUUUUCCUCAAAGAUCGUCAAAUUAGGCGCCGGGCCGCGACGAACACGGAUUAAGCUGCAGCUGUGGGAUACCGCUGGAACUGAGAGGUUCCGAUCUGUGUCCAGAUCAUAUUACCGAGGAGCUGCAGGGGCUAUUCUCAUCUAUGAUAUUACAUCUCAUGCGUCAUUUGUCUCCCUUCCCACGUUCCUCAUGGAUGCGCGUGCUCUUGCUUCCCCCAAUCUGAGCGUCCUACUAGCCGGUAAUAAAAUGACGGCAACGCAUGCACUACAUGGUCGUGAGGUCAGUACCGAAGAGACGUCGCACUGGGCUGCUAAGUCCAACAUUCCCGUUGCCGUCGAGGUCUCAGCUCUCACGGGUGAGGGCGUAGAAGAGCUCUUCAACCGGCUGGCCCGGAUAAUUCUCACGAAGAUCGAGUUGGGCGAGAUUGAUCCAGAUGACCCCCAAAGCGGGAUUCAAUACGGUGACGGUGCUCUCUACGGCCAUGGCACAAGCGAUGGUUCCAGUAUUCGAAGUCGCAUCUCGCUCGACGACGGUGCUGUCCAACUACACCGUAGACAGCCAAGAAAGAAUACCACUAACAAUUGGAAGACUGGCAUGAGGGAAUGGGAGGAUGUGUUUCGCUUGAGCGAUCCGCACCAGAGGAGAGGUAGCGGCUGCUGCUAG